GCCAAGCACCAUUGAUGGCGGGAACUGAUUCACGGAAGCAACUCCUAACCCUAAUUCGGGACUUCGCUGCUGAAAAAUCUCAAGGAGAACGGAGAGUGGAGAGCCUGAAGAAGCGAAUCCAGGAGCUUCAAUCUGAGAUGGAUAUAGCCAAUGCAGAGCUCGAAGAGUCAAAACGCUCCAAGGAAGCUGCUGAGCAAGAGCUCAAAGGCUACGAAGUUGAAUUGGCUAUGAACGAAGCUUCAAUUCAAACUCUAGAGGCAAGAAAUGCUGCGAUUCAAUAUGAGGUUUCGAUGGUUGGAUCUGAUUUGGGGAUUCUUAAGAAUGAAGAAGGAGCUUUACGAGACAACUUUAUUAAACAAAUGAUGGAGUUAAACACAACAAUAAGGAGAUUUCAGGAGACAACUGCUUCUACUCUUCAUAAAGAGAGUUGCAUUGCAACUUCAUCAGAUAAUGGCAACAAACUUGUGAAUGAGCAAGAUGCUCAAGUUGCUUUAAGAACUCUUGAAGAUAAACUUGCCCAUAUAAUUUCUCAAACGAACAUGGAAGAACAAGAAUAUCAAGCAGAACAAAAUAUUCAUAAGCAGCUCCAGCAAGAGUUGAUUAAUAUUGAAAAGAAGGUGACUCUGAUGGAGGCAAUCAUGAAGGAAACAAAAGAAUUGCAGGAAUUAACCAGAUAUCCUUGUCUACAUUACAUGCUACUGAUUGAAUGACCACUGAUUUGACAUUGAGAAGAUGGAGGAAAAGAAUGGAACGUACGGAGUCUCACAACUAAUUUCAGUUGGAUUGGUUGUUGAAAUUUCCAAAAUUCCUUCUAUUCCUGCAUUUCUUGCAAUCAGCCAGAGUUUAGUAUCCUAUUAACAACUUAUUGAAUAUUAAUUAUGCUGGUCUCUACCUGUCUUUGACUCAAAACAAGCAGACUUCUGAACUAGAAGAAACUUGUGCUUCCCUUGGUGAGGAGUUUCAGAGAAGGUGCAUGUGUCCCAAUUGUGAGCAAGAC